AUGGUCCUGCAAGUUGAAGUUGGCCCACCCAGAGAGAGAGAGAGAGACUGCACGUCGCGACCUGCGAGAAAGGCCAUGGCAGCCAACACAAGCGACGCACGCGUCGACCCCAUGCGUCCCCGUCUCUCGCCCUUGGAGACCGCCUUGCAAGCGCUCUCAAGCAGCGACGAGCACAAGCGCCAGCAGCGCAUCGAGCGCAUGAGCGUUGACGCGCGCCACAAAGCGCUGUGCAGCCAACUGGAACAAACUCAGGAAGCGCUGGCGGCGGCCCAAGCGAGCAAGUCGUCGCUCUGUGAAGAGCUCGGCGCGCUGCGGCAGGCGAGAGAGGACCAGGGGAAGCAGCUGACACGGUACAAGACCGACUUGCAGGCUGCACACGAGCUGCGGGCCGUCAUGAUUACGAAGAUGGAGGACCUCGAGACGUCGGCGUGGACGGCCAAGCAGCAGUACAUUCGAUCGCUGGCGUCCCGGAUCAAGACAAGUGCGCUGGUGCUGCAGCAGCUGAACGUGACGAGCGGGACUUUGUUCAGUGCGUCGGGUGCUGGAAAAGGCACGAAAGAGGAGCAGGUGCAGUCGGCUAAGCGGAAACGUGUAGAACAAGAGAGGGAUGACGAUGCUGGUGGUGAUGACGGUGAUGGACAAGGGCGAAGGCCCAAGCUCACAGGAAGUGCAACGAAACACGAGCUGUGGGCCAAGCAUGACGGCAAAGUUUCGGAAGUACAGGGACCCGAGACUACAACAACGCCAACGCGCCACGAUGGUGGAAAGGUGGAACGUCUUGCCGCACUGCCAACGAAGGGCCGCAGUGUGCUGCAUAACUGCGACGAGCAAUGUCAAACACAUGCUGAAAGCGCCACCGCAGUCGUGGAAUUGCGUACUCAAGUUACCGAACUCAAGUCGGAGUAUUCUGUACUGGAUGGCAAGUACAGUGCGCUUGUGCGUAAACAUGAUGAGGUGCUAGCCGAGAGGUCAACGGCAGCUCAAGACAUCAAGGCAAAGGAGUCGACAAUCGAGGAGCUGACGCGCACGUUGGAGCAACUGUCAAGGUCAAAGCCGCAGGAUGUUACCAAUGAUGCGGUUUCUACAAGUGACAAGUGCAAGGACAAGGAAGCUCAAGACGGGCGGUUGAAGAUGCUCGAGGAGAGUUUGGCCCAAAUGAACGCAUAUGCUGAUCAGCUCGAGAUGGUCAUUGCGCAGUGCGCUUCAUGCACAAUCAAGCUGCAAAACGAGAGUACGCAGGAUUCCGUGGCCAAUCGAGCCGACUGA